GUCUCUAGUAUUUUCAGUAAACAAUCAAGUUUUCUAGGAGUAUUUCUUAUAAAUCCCUCACCUUUUCUCAAAUGUUUUGCACUGAUACUGUGGCCAUUUUUGUUAAAGCAAAAGGUGUUCUCCUCAGUUUUCCUUUGGAAUUUUGAUGUUUUACUAAUUUAUGUGCGUCCUUUGAUUAAAAGUUCCCAAAGCUACAACAGAAUACUUUCUUGGUUUGACUGGAGUGUACAAGAGAAUCGAUAAGAAGAUGACAUGUGAAUCAAAUGCAGAUGGAAAAUUGAGUGAGAAGAAAAUGGAAGAAGAAGAUAGUUUAAGAACAGUGGAAUGUCUAAGAGGGAGAUUGCUUGCAGAAAGAGUGGCUUCAAGAAAUGCAAAAGAGGAGGCAGAGAUUAAGGGAACCAAGCUGAUUGAGCUGGAGUAUAAGUUGAGAGAAGAGACUAAAUCAAGGAACAAAGCAGAAAAGAAGCUUAAAUUUCUGAUAAAGAAGCUUGAGUCAAAGAAUAUAUCUUAUUAUUCAGAUGAAUCAGAGAAUUCAAGCUUUUUAAAGAGUGAAAUUUCAUCUCUAACAUCCACAGCUUGUAGCAGUGCCAAACAAUCAGAAGAUAGAGAUUGUCAAGAAUCAGUUGGGAGUACAAAAUCUAGCUAUGAAAAUCUUAAUUGUUCAGAGCUCAUUCAGAAGAGAAAAUCUGAAGAAAAGUCGAUCAAUUUAGAGAAAGAUGGUUCACAAAUGAGCAUUUCUAUCCAAGAUAUUGAGAAUCUUUCAGCAAAAGAACAUUCUGCUAAAUCAAGUGAAUUUGAAUUCUCAAAGACAGAUCCCAAUAGUUUGAAAUCUUCAGUUGAGGAGGAAAACAAAAAUGGAAGAAAUGAAGUGGAUUUUCAAGAGGACAAUGUGGACAAUUCAUUGGCAUUAGUUCCUAUGGAUCUACCAAAGACAAAGCAAACCAUUGAUCCAGUUGUUCUUGAUGCUACAGUGAGAGAAGUUCUUGAUGCACUGAGGCAUGCUAAAGAGAAACUUCAAACUCAAAUGCAAAGAGGGAAAAUGAUUAAAGCUAGUUAAGUUUUAAUGACCAUUGAUUCAUUUGCUUUCUAGGUGUCAUACUGCAUAAUGUAGCUCAUGCCCCACCAAAGUCUAUUUCUGGUUUUGGCAACAGACAUCAUAGGUAUAUUUUCCUUGGGUUGGGGGAGAGGGGUGGGGAGGGGAGCGAAAUCAAAGAACAUAUAGACUAGUAAAGACCCUCUACGUAGUUGUCUAUCUAGGGCGAUCGAUCUACAUCUUUCCCCAUAGCUCUGGGUUGAAGCAUGCAGAACUGAUUAGGUAGAAGAUGACAGGGGGACAAAAUCAAAGAAUAUAUUCUAUGUAGUUGUCUAUCUAGGAUAAUCGAUCUACAUCUUUCCCCGUAACCCUGGGUUGAAGCAUGCAGAAAUUGAUUAGGUAAAAGAUGGGGUCACGGGCCGAAUAGGGGUACAGGACCAGUGGCGGAUCUAGAAUAUAUGCAACCAGUUUGACAGAAUUCACUGUGACUAGCUCGGACUCUAUAUGUGUGUAUAAAAGAUAAGUUAUAUGAUUUUGUGCCCUUUGAUUGCUAGGCAUAUUGGUAAGUGUAUGGUGCAAGAAUUUUGAGGGUGAUGGUGGUUGUUUUAUUGUACAAAUUGCUCUAAUAGGCUAAUGAAGCAUUUGAGUUUGAUUGGUAGUUAGUUCUUACUAAUAAAUUUGAAUUGGUUUCUGCCUUUCAAAUUUUGAGUUUGGUGUACUUUUUCUUGUAAAUAGAGGUUGACAGCUGCCAUGUA